UCCUGGGCUUCGGGGGAGACCCUGCCGGGGCCAUGAGGAAAUUCAACAUCAGGAAGGUGCUGGACGGCCUGACCGCCGGCUCGUCCUCGGCCUCCCAGCAGCAACAACCACAGCAGCACCCGCCCGGGAGCCGGGAGCCCGAGAUCCAGGAAACACUCCAGUCCGAGCACUUCCAGCUCUGCAAGACUGUUCGCCAUGGAUUUCCCUAUCAACCCUCAGCCCUGGCCUUUGAUCCUGUACAGAAGAUCCUGGCAGUGGGAACUCAGACUGGUGCUUUACGGCUCUUUGGUCGUCCUGGGGUAGAAUGUUAUUGCCAACAUGACAGUGGAGCUGCAGUAAUCCAACUCCAGUUCCUGAUUAAUGAGGGAGCUCUUGUGAGUGCCUUGGCUGAUGACACCUUACACUUAUGGAAUUUACGUCAAAAGAGGCCUGCCAUACUACAUUCACUUAAAUUUUGCAGAGAAAGGGUUACAUUUUGCCAUCUGCCUUUCCAGAGUAAGUGGCUCUAUGUGGGCACUGAACGAGGUAAUAUACAUAUUGUCAAUGUGGAGUCCUUCACACUCUCAGGCUACGUCAUUAUGUGGAAUAAAGCCAUUGAACUGUCAUCUAAAUCUCAUCCAGGACCUGUUGUCCAUAUUAGUGACAAUCCAAUGGAUGAGGGAAAGCUUUUGAUUGGCUUUGAAUCUGGAACAGUAGUCUUAUGGGACCUCAAAUCAAAGAAAGCGGACUACAGAUAUACAUAUGAUGAGGCUAUUCACUCUGUUGCUUGGCAUCAUGAAGGAAAACAGUUUAUCUGCAGUCAUUCAGAUGGUACCUUGACCAUAUGGAAUGUGAGGUCCCCUACAAAACCUGUACAGACAAUCACACCACAUGGAAAACAGUUAAAGGAUGGAAAGAAGCCAGAGCCAUGCAAACCUAUCCUCAAGGUGGAAUUCAAAACGACUAGAUCUGGGGAACCUUUUAUUAUUUUAUCAGGAGGUUUGUCAUAUGACACCGUAGGAAGACGACCUUGCUUAACAGUGAUGCAUGGGAAAAGUACUGCCGUGCUAGAAAUGGACUAUUCAAUUGUUGAUUUUCUGACGUUGUGUGAAACGCCAUACCCAAAUGAUUUUCAAGAACCAUAUGCUGUGGUGGUUCUUCUAGAAAAGGAUUUAGUACUUAUAGAUCUUGCACAAAAUGGAUAUCCUAUAUUUGAAAAUCCUUAUCCUUUGAAUAUACAUGAGUCCCCUGUUACAUGUUGCGAAUAUUUCGCUGAUUGUCCUGUGGACCUUAUUCCUGCACUUUAUUCUGUUGGAGCAAGACAGAAACGUCAAGGUUACAGCAAAAAGGAAUGGCCCAUCAAUGGAGGUAAUUGGGGCCUGGGUGCUCAAAGUUACCCAGAAAUAAUUAUUACAGGACAUGCUGAUGGUUCAGUUAAGUUCUGGGAUGCUUCAGCGAUAACUCUACAAGUAUUAUAUAAAUUAAAAACAUCUAAAGUUUUUGAAAAGUCAAGAAAUAAAGAAGACAAACCAAACACCGAUAUUGUGGAUGAAGAUCCAUAUGCUAUUCAGAUCAUUUCCUGGUGUCCAGAAAGUAGAAUGUUGUGUAUAGCUGGAGUUUCAGCACAUGUCAUUAUUUAUAGAUUCAGCAAACAGGAAGUAGUUACAGAAGUCAUUCCGAUGCUUGAAGUUCGACUGUUACAUGAGAUAAAUGAUGUGGAAUCUCCAGAGAGUGAGCAGCCACCACCUUUGUCAACACCUGUAGGAGGAUCCAAUCCUCAGACCAUUCCUCCUCAGUCUCAUCCUUCUACCAGUAGCAGUUCAUCUGAUGGGCUUCGUGAUAAUGUACCUUGCUUAAAAGUUAAAAGUUCACCACUUAAACAAUCACCAGGUUAUCAGACGGAACUAGUUAUUCAGUUGGUAUGGGUGGGUGGGGAACCACCACAACAAAUAACUAGCCUGGCAGUCAAUUCUUCCUAUGGACUGGUGGUUUUUGGCAACUGUAAUGGCAUUGCCAUGGUAGACUAUUUCCAGAAAGCAGUGCUGCUUAACUUGGGCACCAUUGAAUUAUAUGGCUCUAAUGACCCUUAUCGAAGAGAACCCCGAUCUCCUCGUAAAUCUCGACAACCUUCUGGAGCAGGUCUAUGUGAUAUUAGUGAAGGGAGUGUAGUCCCAGAGGAUCGCUGCAAAUCUCCAACUUCUGGUUCUUCAUCUCCACACAAUUCAGAUGAUGAACAAAAAAUGAAUAAUUUUAUAGAAAAGGUGAAGACCAAAGGCAGAAAGUUUUCCAAGAUGGUAGCCAGUGAUAUAGCAAAGAUGUCAAGGAAAUUAAGCUUGCCUACUGACCUAAAGCCCGAUUUAGAUGUAAAAGAUAAUUCCUUCAGCAGAUCACGGAGUUCCAGUGUGACAAGCAUUGAUAAAGAAUCCCGAGAAGCAAUUUCUGCUCUUCAUUUCUGUGAAACUUUUACUCGGAAAGCGGACUCCUCUCCUUCCCCAUGUCUGUGGGUUGGAACGACUCUAGGAACAGUGCUUGUCAUUGCACUGAACCUUCCUCCAGGGGGAGAACAACGACUUCUUCAGCCAGUGAUUGUGUCUCCAAGUGGAACUAUAUUGAGGUUAAAAGGUGCAAUCUUGAGAAUGGCAUUCCUGGAUACCACAGGCUGCUUAAUGCCACCUGCUUAUGAACCCUGGAAAGAACACAAUGUUCCUGAGGAAAAAGAUGAAAAGGAAAAAUCAAAAAAAAAGCGACCUGUCUCAGUAUCCCCCUCCUCUUCUCAGGAAAUUAGUGAAAACCAGUAUGCAGUGAUAUGUUCUGAAAAGCAAGCAAAAGUAAUCUCACUGCCAACCCAGAACUGUGCUUAUAAACAAAACAUAACAGAGACCUCAUUCGUGCUUCGUGGAGAUAUCGUAGCGUUGAGUAACAGCAUCUGCCUAGCGUGUUUCUGUGCCAAUGGCCAUAUUAUGACUUUCAGUUUGCCAAGCUUAAGGCCUCUGUUGGAUGUGUAUUACUUGCCCCUCACCAAUAUGCGGAUAGCCAGAACGUUCUGCUUUACCAACAAUGGACAAGCAUUGUAUCUUGUCUCACCUACAGAAAUCCAGAGACUAACAUAUAGUCAAGAGACCUGUGAAAAUCUUCAGGAGAUGUUGGGUGAACUCUUCACUCCUGUAGAAACACCUGAAGCACCAAACAGGGGAUUUUUUAAAGGCUUAUUUGGAGGUGGUGCACAGUCUCUUGAUAGAGAAGAACUAUUCGGAGAGUCAUCCUCAGGAAAGGCUUCAAGAAGUCUUGCACAGCAUAUUCCUGGCCCUGGUGGUAUCGAAGGUGUGAAAGGGGCAGCGUCUGGAGUUGUUGGUGAACUGGCACGAGCUCGUUUGGCGCUAGAUGAAAGAGGGCAGAAGCUUGGUGACUUGGAAGAAAGAACAGCAGCUAUGUUAUCAAGUGCAGAUGCAUUUUCUAAACAUGCCCAUGAGAUGAUGUUGAAAUACAAAGAUAAGAAGUGGUACCAGUUCUGACAACCAGAAUCAAACAAGUUCUACUUUAGCCAGAAGGAAAAGUUUUCCUGUUUUUAUUUCAUUGAUUAUUUAGGAAAGCUAACAUUCACAGGAUAUUCAUCACUGGAUACUGUUCUUUCCUAGCACAAUCAUGCACUGUUUUACCUCAAUCUUGGCUUUACCUGAGGAGUGUACACACGCACACUCAAACCAGAAUAUAUGGUGUGUGCCAGCUUGCGCUGACAGUUUGGGAACUAAGCAGGUCACAUGUAACAAAUGAAACAAAGGGAUGUGUUGCGGAGACAUGGCAGGGACUAUUCCUUGGAUCAUUCCUGUAUUAAACUUUCAUAUGCCAAAAGAUUUUGUGCUGUUGUAUCUGCCAUCAGUGUUUGACCUUUUUUGGGAAGAGGCAAUAAGUCCAAAGUCCUGAAGCUGAAAUAUUUAUAUAUAUGUCAUUGAACUGGAUUGUAAACGGCUGUAUUGGACUUUCCUUCCCUUAAAUGGACUGGUCAUCAGUAUCAUUAGUAAAAAAGAAACUGUUUGUUACCAUAUCUUUAGACUAAGCUGAAUGGUGGGCUUUAAAUAAUAAAAACAUACACAUAGUUGACUUGUGUAUGAGCUACUAUUGGAUUCUUGUUAUUACAUACUUGUGUUUAGUUCAUACUUUGUCAAAAGCAAAACAAGGUGAUACAUCACUUUUCAUUGAAAAGAAAAGUGUAGAGCAUGACUGAAUUGCUCAUCAUUAUGGGAGUUUCCAUGUAGUGGCUAUGCAGUGUGGAAAGUGAGAAAAACCUCCAUUGUGGUGAGGAGAAUACUUCAAAGUCCUUUGUCCUUUUGUCAUUAAAUCAGUUGAAGGUGGAUUUGACCAAAAUAGUUAUCAGUUAAAUUUGUAGAAAAGUUGAAAUUGGCUACGUUUUUAAUUUUGCUUGAGUUUUUAUAAAAUGUUUAAUUAAAUGUACCUUUGCAUUAUUUAAUUAAAAUUGCUAAAAAACCAAUGUUUCAUUAUUUCAGUAAAAUGCUCAGCUCCCUUUAUAAAAUACCCUUUAUUUGCUAACAGUUCCAGUACACUCAGGUGAUGAGCUAAUUAAAUAUUAGUGCACAUGCUGUCGCAUGGAAAAUUACAAGCAUCUGUUGUCAAUAAUGAUCUAUAUAGUCUAGUCUGAUGACUUACGAAAUAUUUUCUGUAGAAGUAUAUUAUAAAUCUGUAUAUAUCCUUUCAACGUUUAAAAAAAACCAAAAGGAAGGGAAAUACACUUCAGUGAUUAAACUGUUUCUGUGAUAGAGUACAAUUUAAAUUGAAACAGCAGUAGAUGCUGAAUAAUUGGUUCCUAGAAUGGCAUCACAGAUGGAAAAGAAACCACUCUCUAGAUAUAGAAGUAAGCAGUCUCUUUAGCACAGCUAAUCUAAUCUGAGGUUAUAAUUGACUAUUGUUAAAGCAGCAAAGAGCAAACCAAGUAUUGAAAUUAAUGUUUUUGAAAUUUAAAUAUUCUAUAAAAUUAUUUAAAAUCAUUUUCAGUUUUUUCAGCUAGGCGUGGUGGCUCGCGCCUCUAAUCCCAGCCUCAAAAGGCUGAGACAGGAGGAUCAUGGCAAAUUCAAAAUCAACCUGGGCUACAAAGUGAGCUCAAGGCUAGCCUGAACUGCAUAGCGAGACCCUGUUUCAAAAAGAUAAAGUCAUUUUCAUUGUUUCAGUAAGAGAUAAUCAGCACAUAUUGGUAGGAAACAUGUUUAUUUUUCUAUUCCAUAUGAUCAUUAAAGGUAUGUGUAGACCAUCUUAACUUUUUCAGUCAUACAUAUUUCUUCUUUACUGUUUUCAUUAAUAAAGCAUUUGUUUAUGUCUUAUAGUGCACACUAUUGAAUACAAAGGUUUACAUCAAAAUUUUAAGUAUCAUUGGAUAGAGACUGGAUAUAUGUAAUUAAUUGGUCAAGCCAAAAGAAAUAUUUUAAAAGUAAAAUCAUUCCCAGGUUUUCAAAUUUGUAGAAAAUAACAGUGAAUAACAGAAUUUUGUUUGUUGUCUGCUGUCUGAUGAACAUCCCGCAGUUUACAAAUUGCUUACUUUGUUUCUGCAUUAUCCAGAAAACUUAUUGUUCAUGAUAUGUCACAGGAAGGAUUUGUGAAUGUCAUCAGUAGUUACAGAUUUAAAGAAAUUGAAAAGCUUUAAACAAAUUAAAAUAUACUUGUUGAUUCCUUA